AUGUGCGCGAAAGAACAGAGGGCAACUCAGCCUAGGCCCGCGUCGCCGCUAAUCACCGCGCCAAACGCCGCGCCAAAGGUCCAUUCGCCGCCCACAAGCAGAGAGGCAACAACGCCGAACAUCCUUCAGUCGUCAAUCAAACGAGUCUCGGACUCGACUCGUUCCGUCCUCGCCUUCACCAACGAUGCCUUCGACCGGAUCGAGGCUGAGGCAUCGAGGCACCCGCGCCGCGCGAAGCUCAUAUUUGGGGCCGACAACCAACAGUCGCUCAAAUCCCUGUUUUCGGUCGAGAGGUCCCAUCGAUCCGAAAAGUCCGAAGUUGGAACCUCGAAGCUGGGUCCGUCCGACAUGCGCUCUCUCGCGCUAAUCGCCCACAACCACAUGAAGCCGGCGAUGAGGAUGUUUGUGGAGGAGCACGCCGAGACGCUCAAGCGUUUCCGCGUGACGGGCACCGCGUCGACGAUGGCGAUGCUGCGCACGGUCUUUGGCGAGGACGACGAGGUCGUCUAUGGCGCCGUGUGCUCCUCAGGGCCGCUGGGCGGGGACGCGCAAAUUGCGGCGCUAAUGUGCCUCGAAGACAUCGGCGCGGUUAUUUUCUUCACCGACCCGCUGAGCGCUCAUCCGCACCAGGCCGACGUGGACUCGCUCAUCCGACUCAUCAACGUGCACAACGUGCUGCACGCGACCAACCCCACCUCGGCAGAGGGGCUCAUGCACCUCCUCAAGACGGCGGUGGAGCGCAACGAGCCCGAGCGCAUCCCCUCAUUCUUCUUCACCAUCCAGUCCCCCGCCGUGCCAGAGUACCAGGCGCAGCAGGCCGCCGUCAUCCAGGCGGCGUCGAAAAUCCAGACGCCAGAGGGUGAGCCGUCGUGGGCGUCACACUCGGGACAUUCGAGACAUUCGAGCGCGGCUGUGCCCGCGCCUGGCACCCUUCGGCCAUCGUCGGCCGAGAAGAUGUCCAUCGCCAAGCACGUCUUUAAGCAGGGGACCCUCAAGUACCUGAGCGCUUCUUCGGAGCGCUCGCUGACGAGCGUGCCCGAGGCUGAGUCACUCGACGAAGAGGUUGCCCGCGUUCGGGAGUCGCACACCCCCUCCGCAGGUAGCACGAGCACCCCGUCGCCUGACGCGGCGCCUGGCGGAGGCAAGCCGAAGAGGCGCGCCAGCAAAGUGAUGCCUAAGAUCGGAGCCUGCAUCAUUGGCUGA